AUGGCACACAUAUCGAACCCACUAGCGACUCCCGAGCAACUCUACCAGCGUCAUGCUCUCAGUGCCCUCCCUACGGACCUAGGCGACGUGGUCCUCUUCGCGACGCAAUGUCUAACACAAGCGGCCGGCCUGCUCCUUCAGCUGCCCCAGUCGGUGACGGCGCAAGCAAACGUCGUCCUCGCGCGGUACUGGCUAGUAGAGUCAUCAACUGCGCACGAGCCUAGCGUGAGCUCCCCGCGCCACUCGACCAACAGACACACAAGUCUCUCUAACCCCCCCUCGCAGGAUGUGUCCGCCGCGGCGAUCUACCUCGUCGCCAAGCUCGGCCCGGCCCCGCGCUCCCCCCGCGACGUCGCCAACGUCUACGCGUACCUCUUGUCCUCGCAGAGCUCCUUCUUCAGCAGCGGCGCGAAAACCCCCUCGAUACCCAGCGACCCGUCCGCAUACUACCUCAGCGACUCGGCGUACCACGCCUUCCACAGCCGCGUCCUCGCCCUCGAGGCGCGCAUCCUCUACGCCCUCUCCUUCGACACGCACGUCUCCCUCCCCCACCCGCUGGCCGUCACGUACCUCCAGGCGCUCGACUUCCUGGGCCACCACCCCAAGGAAGCGAUAUCGCGCCGCGUGGUGGAGCACCUCAACGCGGCGCUGCUGUCGCCGCAGAUGCUGUACCUGACCCACCAGCCCAACGCCCUGGCCGUGUCGGCCAUCUACAACGCGGCGCGGGACGUGGGCGCCAAGAUGCCCGAGUGCGAGUGGUGGGAGGUCUUUGACGUGGAUCGAGAAGAGCUGGGGUUUCUGGUCGUGGGCAUGCGGAGCGUGGAAGGCUGGGCGCGCAAACAGCGGGAGGAGAUGCCUGACUUGUGGGAGGGCAUGUUGACGCUGAAAAUGGUGAACGAGGAGCUCAGGAAACAAGGGAUACAAGUCAGCAACGGUGGCCGGGCGGCCGACGGGGCGGUGGAUGAGGAGGCAGAGAUGAUGCGCAAGAUGGACGAGAGGAUAGCGGCGAGGGAAGGAGGCGAAUCAAUUACAUGA